GGACGGCUGUUACUCAAUGACAAUAAAACUGAAUUUCUAGUUAUUGGAACUCGUUACCAGUUAAAUAAAUUAAAUCCAUCAGUACUUCAUGCAGGUGAUCACACGAAUGAUAAUUCGGUUAACGUAAGGAAUUUGGGAACGAUAUUUGACAAUUUAAUUAGUAUGGAUACUCAUAUAAAUCAAGUUUGUAAGACCGCGUUUUACUGUAUUCACAAUAUUCGUAGUAUUUCUAAAUACCUUUCACAGUAAACUGGACACGUGAUCCGAGUCUUCCGAUAAACGCGUUACUUUGAGUGGCGUAGCGAAGAUCACAUUGGAACUACGGAAAUUUCGUUGAAAUGUAGGAUUCCAGGAAAAAAGCUUCAAAUUGGAGAUGGAAAGUUCGAUAUUUGUGGAAAUAAGAAAUAGCGACGGAUGUAUCCUCUGUUUUAUCGAGUAUUAUUUGUAUGACAUGCAGAGCUUGUUCUUUAUUCCCUUGUUUCCAUCGAUAAAGCCGGGACGUUUCCCCCAUCGUUCAACAACCUUUCGCGUAUUUCUCUUCCAAACAUGCUAGGUUUCAUCAAUUUGAACAAGUUUAUGGAUUUUAUAACGUUUUCUGAAAGUUUAGAAGGAUUUCCUCGACCUCUUUGAUUAAAGGGAGAAUAUGUGCCGUACGCGUACAUUUGAUAUUUACGAAUAAUGCACACUCUGCCAUGUUUAACACGAACUGCUCGUGAGAUUGCCCUCGGUCCCUCUCCGCUCAAAUACAAAUCAACUAUCCUUCUUCUGAUUUCCGUACUGAAUAAAGGGAGAAUAUGUGCCGUACGCGUACGUUUGAUAUUUACGAAUCAUGCACACUCCGCCAUGAGUGACACGAACUGCUCCUGAGACUGCCCUCGGUCCCUCUCCGCUCAAAUACAAAUCAAAUAUCCUUCUUCUGAUUUCCGUACUGAGGGGUUUACGUGGCCUGAACUCUCGACCUAAAGGGUCAUAAUCAAUAGGUCUGAGCAUUUUGAAAGUCCGUUAAAUCCUCAAAUCUUUCUGCGGAUUUUGUAAUUUCGUUUCGAAGUUCUCAGAUCUUACCAAAAUGCCCAAAUAUGCUAAACGAAACUUGAAACGUUGUCUGAAUUUUCGGAAUUUACUGGUCACGCGUGACGGAACAUCGCUGUAAAACAUUAGUUCAUGCUCGUCGUUACGUCCACACUCGAUUAUUGUGAUAGCCUUCUUUAUGGCCUUCCUAAAUAUCUUAUAAGGAAACUAGAACGAGUACAGAACGCUGCAGUCAGAUUAAUAACGAACACUAGAAAUAUGAUCCAACCAGCUUUACACAACCUUCACUGGUUACCUGUGCUUUACCGCAUCUAUUUUAAAAUUUUAAAUAUAUAGAUUUAGCCAGAGCUAAAAGCGAAGCUCCCGUUAAUAAAUUCAUAAUUUAAAUCAAACAAUAAACUUGUAAUCCACAGAUCAGGGCACAUUCAUUUGACUUUUGAGGCAAAGGCUGAGUGAUUUUAGAGAAAAAUCAGAAUUUGACCGUCCAAGAGUGAAACAAAUUUUACAUCAAGUUAUUUUUACACCGAAAAAUAGCAAUCAUGUUCGAUCACAGUAGAUUAGGCCUGGAAAACAAAUAGACCUAUUCGUGUAUUGUAUUUGCAUUAGCUCUAGCAUCAUAAUGUGGCAUUCACCAGUCUCUCCAACAUUGCUCCGUUAGAGAGACUAUGGAUAAUUGGACAACCCCGAAAUAUAAUUUUAAGAAACACAUGCGCCACGAUAGUCCUUGGUGGCAGCCAAUUUACACGUUGCAUUACUCUGUCUAAAAGAGAGGCCAAAAUAAAAAUCAGGCAGGAUUUUUUGUGUUCGACAAGUUUUUUUUACUAGUAAAUCUUGGCGACGAAUCUGGUGGCGUGUAAACCAGCCUUUUAAACAUACUUUUUCUCUUCACGUCUCAGGUAAACAGUACACAGACCUCGGACAGAAUUUGUUCUUUUUUUGCCCUAUUUAAACCUAUAAUUCUGCAGUUUUUCACAAUUUUGCAAGAGAAUUUGCACUCAUUCAAUAUCCACGACGAUCAAAGCACGCGCUUCCUAUGCACAACAAAUUAUAGCAUUGAAUUAUAAAACGAUUUCCGUUAGAAAAAUCUGGUCCUUUGUGAUAUGCGGGGUAAUAAUUAUGGGCUUUCAAUGAAAACGAUAAAAAAAUUCCCAAAAUCACUUUUCGGCCAGCCGGACGGGUUCUCUCUUUUGACAGGCACCAAAUUUGCAGUGCGAUUAAUAGAGUUACCAUUUACGCUUCAACAUGAUAGAGAAAUUGUUAUGUUUAGGUUUUAUUUCCCUUUAUUCAUUAAACUGUGUAUGAUUUUGUUAUGUGUAAUCUUUAAAAGCGAGUGACAUUUACGCGCGGAGUUUUGAGUAUUCCUACAUGCGAUGUUUAUGUUCGACUGGAAACAACCGGUGCAGCGAUGAAAAUUGCGAGAGGGACUGAUAACAAUCAAUAAAAUAAGUUUCAUUCGGUGAAACAUGUACAGAGACAAUAAUUUUCAUUCAAGAAGAGAAGUAUUGAGAGUAAAGUGUCUCAGAAAAUCAUGAGUCAGGCAAGCAUAAGCUUAUUUAUGUUUUAAGCCGGCUUCCCGGUGUUCGCUCUUUUUCAAGAUGAACUCGAGGCAAGAAAAUCGCUCAGAGCUUUCUGUUUACAGCCAAAAUCAUAACUAAAUAAUCUUCGGAACCUUUUCUUUGAAUUUGCGGGUCAAAAAAUGUCUCAAGGCUUUUUAAACCUGAUACUAUUGUAGGUUAGAUCAUUGCUCUUGUUUUAACUUAAGCCGCAUAAACCAUACGCUCGACUUCAGGAAACCGAAAAAAAAAACAUCAAAAACAAUAAUGGCUCAAGCUUACCAGUCGAGACACUGCUUCUGAAGGUCAUCAAGUGUUCCAGAAUCGCUUGAGACUUUUCAACCUUCUUACGCCUGAAGCAAGGGCAAGUGAGUAAGCUCAUUUUUGAAAACGAUGCCAUCCGAAAUCGGAUUUCCAAUGACUUUGACAGGCGGUGCAUUUGUCAACAAAAAGCGCAAUAAACAAGCCAGCCACGAAUUACAGAACAAUCUUGAUAGCAGCUGUAUUUCAUUUUGUACCCCAAGUAGAAAAAGACAGUUUAAAACAUCACAAGAUGACACAAAACUCUCUCAGCUCCAGCUAUCAGUAAGCAAGUUUCCAGACGCUGCAAAAAUUUUCCGCAUAAACUCACCUGUCAAAUUUUGACCAAUCAGAACAUAAAAAUUGGACGUACAGCGUGAUCAACACGUGACAGUGAGAAAAGUCAAAAGCGAUUGCCUUCCCUGCAUGUAAAUGUAAAAGCCGGUUGAAUUUUCGUGUCCGAGAUCAGUUCGAAAUCAACAUUUUAAAAGUGCGGUUCAUGAAACACGACUUAUUUCAUAUGCAUUUAAAAAAAAUUGAACUUGAGCCUUCGAUCAUUUGAAAAGUAGCAACUUGUCAGCGAAUACCUUCUAAAUAUUACUCGAACUCAGAGGGUCGAUACCUGAGCCCGCGAUACGGUCAGGCGAUACUGGUCAGCAGAAACACUGUUUUGACAGCUGUCAAUUAAUCAAAACAUGGAUGUACAAUAUCAGGUUGCAGGCUCCCAAACUAGCUAGAAAGUGUGAGAUUAAACAUUGGUAUGCCUGUGGUGCGGAAGGACGGAAGGUCGGGUGGUCGGUGUACGGUCACGUGAUUGCCGGAUUUUCUAGGAUGGAUAGAUUUUCUAUAAAGCUAUGGGGCUUCGAACUGAGCCCGUGAUCAAAUAAAAUAUCAGCGCAAAACUUUAAACGCUACGUGACCUCAAUAGAUAGAAAAAUGAGUCCGCGAUCCACUCAGGUGAUGAUGGUCAGCGUAUACUCUAGUUUGACAGCUGUCAAUUAACCUUCAUUAGAAUGGGGAAUAUUCGAAUUACCAGACUACGAGCGUGAGUAGGACAUUUCCGUCCGGCAUAUAGUGGAAAAUGCCAGAUCGUGUACCUGAGCGAACCUGAGCCCUCGUUAUUAGUUUUCUGAUAGCGGUCUGCACAUGUCUCAUUUUGACAGCUGUCAACUGACCUUAAUUUGGCCUGCCAAUGUAACUUUAAACGACUGUCAGCCAACUGACAGCCUUGCCCGGCGUAGUUUCGUUUUUAUGUUGAAUUGGUAAGUGUGACAUAUUAUAUCAGCUUAUAUAUAGGGGCAAAACGACUGGUCUUUUAUCUGAGCCCGCGAGACGGUCAUGUGAUAAUUGUCAGCGGAUGUCUGAUUUUGGCAGCUGUCAAUCUAAUCGUACUCAUACGGAUGGCUUACAUAACUAAGAGUCUAGUCAAGUUGUGCAAGAUCUAUUGUGACAUUUGACAUCGGCUUACAUGAAGUGUGUGUACGGACGGGCGUACGCUACGUCAUAACCAAAUUUUCUGGGAUGGAUAGUUUACCAAACUUUCUUACCCAUGGUGCUCCGCUGCGCGCGCGCUUUGCGCGCGCGGGAGCUCCGCUAUUAUUACAUUUAAGGCUAUAUAUAAUAUGUCACCUAGCUAUAUUAGUAACUUAGUGUCUGUUAAGUCGUGUUCUGUUUAUUCCCUUAGAUCAAAUUCUUCAUUAUUUUUGGACCGUCCCAAGGGGCGCAUGUUAUCUACAUUUGGAGCUCGUUCAGUUUAUGCUGCUGCCUCCACACUGUGGAACAGCCUUCCAGCAAGUAUUCGGGAAAUAACAUCACCCAGCACUUUUAAGAAAAAACUUAAGACACAUCUUUUUAAUUUAGCUUACAACGAGUAA